AGGAACUCGUUAUGACAAAGAUGGUCACCCAUCUACGGACCAACCGCGUCAAGCGCAGCUUAAUCUAUGUCCGAUUCACUUAAGCGGUUAUAGCUUAGCUACGAGCUAUUCCCAAUUAAGAUGUCAUUAAAGGAAAUAAUUUGAAAAUUGAAUUCCCGAUUGAAAAAAUCGAUUUCAAUGCGUAUUUCACAUGGAUUACUCUAAUAAAUGGCAAAUGUCUAUGUCAACCUCUGACAAUUGUUACCGUUUUUGAUUAGUGUCAUUCGCUUUUCGUAUCUUUGCGCUAGUGAAUGUGCUUUUCAAUUUCUCGACGUUUAUUUCGAUCUGGACUCCGAAACUGUUUGCUUUCUUCCUGACCCUCGCUUGCAUAUUGGACACUGUAACCUGCUUUCCUGCUGACCUUUGCCGGAAAACCGAUCCGGGUAUCGCUCUUCUGACCAUUGGUUAUCAUGAGCUUGUGCAUUAAUUGUGGAAUUGCAACGGACCGCUGCAACACAAUAGGAAGGCGAAGAUUGGAAGAUGAAGUGAUUAUUUCACUUGUACAGGAAUGGGUCGCGCCUCAAUCGGUAAAUGAAAAUGACUUUAUCUGUCAAGUUUGCUGGAAUCAUGCCAAUACUGUAUCUCUUGAUGGAAAUAGACCAGAAGAGAGUGAACAGGUGCCUAUAGGACAUCGGCGUGUGUGUAUUCACUGUGGACGUUCUCUUCUGAGAAGAAUUCGCUGCCAUCAACUUAGAACUGGUACAAUUCAAGAACGCAGAAUACACAAAGUUAUAAGAGAAUGGAUCUUACCACGCACGGUGGGUGCUUCAAGUGUUGUCUGUCACUCUUGUUGGGUGCGAGCGAAUAGAGCAUCCCGGCAUUUUCAAUCAGGCCCCUCAACAUCUGCUGCAACUUCAUCAGCGGUCAAUGUGCCAAAUACUCAGGACAUUCCUCAUGUAGAAGAACCCCCAAUAAGGCAAGAAACUUAUUCUGCACCAAGGGCGCCUACCGUUGGAACUUUUAUUGUUUUACCAGAUUAUUAUAGAGCUGUUGAAACUGAAAAUAGAUGUUUUGUGGAAGGAUGUCGGAGACGUGAAAGAAACCGAAUAACAAACACAAUGCGAAAACAGUUACUUAAAAUGUAUAAUUAUUAUGUACCUGCAAAUAAUCGCCUGUGUGAUAUCCACCUAACAUGCACAUCUUGGGAUUUUCUCAAUGAUAUCAGUGAUAACAUCAUAAACACAUUUAGUGCACACCAAAUUAAAGACAUGUUUUCAUUGAAAGAGGCCGACUGUAAUAUUUUGGACUUCGAAAAUAUUGAGUGUAUGGAAGAUCAUAUUUUCUACCACUGGGUUGGUUUUAACAAAGAUCAAUUCAGACAGAUACUGAAUGAAGUGCCUCAGUUUCUGAACCUUAAAAAUGGAUCUUUAAUAUUAGCUGCUUAUUUAAUUAAACUAAGGACUGGGGACUCAGAUGAUCGACUGUCAACACUUCUGCAAAUACCUAAAACUACUUUAGUUACUCAACUGGGUAAAGCUAGAAGUCUGUUGUACGACUAUUUUGUGCCCCAUCACUUGGGACUUAAUCACAUUAAUAAGCAGCAAAUUAUCGAAAGGAAUCUUCUCAUACCAAAUGAACUGUUUGGUUGGCAUAACAGUGAAGUAAAACCCAUUGUUGUAUUAGAUGGUACAUAUGUUUAUGUGCAGAAAAGCUCAAAUUAUAAGUACCAAAAAAAGACUUACAGUUUGCACAAGUAUCAAAAUCUUGUUAAACCAUUUUUGAUUGUUUGCACAGACGGAUACAUAAUUGAUGUUUGGGGUCCCUAUCCAGCGACGACUUCUGACGCUGAAAUAAUUAAAAAAGAAUUUGGAAACGAAUCUCUUCUAAGGCAAUACUUUGAAUCUGGAGAUGCAUUUAUAUUGGAUAGGGGCUUCCGGGAUGCCUUGCCCUUACUCAAUGAUUGUGGCUAUAGGACAUAUGUACCAUCUUCUUUGCAACAGGGUGAAUCUCAAUUGUCAACCCUUGAAGCCAAUAAAUCGAGAACAGUGACAAUAUGUAGAUGGAUUGUAGAAGUAGUCAAUGGUAGGUUCAAGCGAGAUUUUAAGAUAUUUCGACAAGAUUUUUUUAAUAGAGCUUCAAAAAAUGUAAUGGUACACUUUGAAGUGGCUGCCGCUUUAAUAAAUGCUUUCCACCCUCCUAUCGCAAACCGUAGUGAUGCUCAAGAUAUUCUUCAAAAAAUCAAUCAGUAUAUAAAUGUGGAAAAUCAAUUAAGUAACUAUGUGAUUAACAACAAUAUAAAUCGACGUAGAGCUCAGUUCCAAGCAAUAGAUGUCGAAAGACAUAAUGUUAGCGAGUUUCCCGUAUUAACAUACAGCGAACUUAUUCUUGUCUCCUUGGGCACAUACCAAAUUAAACAGGCCCGCUCUUACUAUGGCGAACACGUUAGAGAAAAUGGCUCAUUUGUUAUAGAAGUAUGUAGAGAAGUAACCGGUGACCUACAGCAAGAACUGGCAACAUCAGUCUCAACCUGGAUGUUAAGAGGAAGAAUAAAAUCCAGACAUAUUAGUAAUAGAAUGUAUUACGUUUAUAUAUUAGUUGACAGCUCUUUAAGUGGAAGGGAUGCUAUAAUCCAAUAUUACUGCACCUGUAUCGUUGGCAAAAGAACGGUUGGGUGCUGUGCCCACACCAUGAGCAUAAUAUGGUACCUUGGUUGGGCACGGCAUCAGGGUAGUCAAUUACCUCCUGCACAAUUAUUAGAUAAUGUAUUAUUAUAUUAUGAUAACCCCAACGAAGAUGUUGAAUAAAACCCUAUCUCAAAA